CGCGAACUCGCCUUAUGUUUACAAGCCGAAUUCAUUUCAGGCAAUUCUUGUUUGUACGUUUAUUAUGGUGAUACAAAUUGUUAUAUGAUAGUCAGGGUUGAGCUAGCAACGUUAUAAUGAUACCAAUAUUCGUUAGAAGUGGAUGCAGUUCUGCUCUAGUAUUCAACGCAAAAGAUGCAUGUACCUUACGGGAAAAGCACCGGAUCGUUGGUACAUUUGUUGGAUGUUUGCCUCGUGCACCAAGGCAGAACAGUCAACUUGGUUUACCUAUGCACUUACUGCCCGAAGAGGUUACACUAUUAGUUGAAUUAGGUAUUGCAAGGUUACUUAAUGCAGACCCUUUAUUAGUUGGGCCCACUGAGGAGGAUAAGCAAUUUUUUCAAGAAUCCAGGAAGGAAUCGUAUGUAAAACAGAGCGCUAAUCUUUUACACGAGAGAAAAGCACAGCUCAGUAAGUUGGCAGACAGAAUAACAGCUGGCAAGAUAGAAAAGAUGAAGAACCCAUAUCACAAGAAAACUCGAAAAGAAAAGAAAAAGCAAAAAUUGCAAUUAAAGACUGAGGGCUCCCACUCGAUGAAUAUUCACACAUCGAUAGAGGAUUCCUGUAAUGUAAUGAAAGAAUGUAUGGAAAGUGAGCCAUAUUAUAACAAUAGCAAGACAUCUACAGCUGAUAAUCCUAUUCCAAAUAAAAACCAAGGUGUUACUCAUGUAGAAGACAUAGAUGGGGAUGCUUUGAGCCCAGAGCAAUAUAGUGUAAUGAAGCAAAAGAUACUAGAGGAAAUGUGCCAGAAUCUGGAGCCACUACGUGCUGAUCAAGCAAUGGUACAGCAGUGGACAGAGAGUCCACGAUUGGCGACUAUAAAGCAACUGCCAAUUGACUGGGACUUUCCAUGCUCCCCUAUAGAGGGCCUGCGCUAUGCAGUAUAUAGUGACAUUUGGCAUCGAGGAUACUACCUUACAGUCGGAGGCAAGUUUGGUGGCGAUUUCCUGAUCUAUCCUGAUACUUUCGCUAGUUGUCAAGGAGACAUAUACACGAAGUGUGUUGGACAGCUGAGCGGGAUGCAUCGACAAAAAUUAUACCGAGAUGAGUACGGGCAUGGAACGACUGAGUCCGAGAUCACAGAAACAACACCCUUUGUAAAUCCCGGCUCGACAAGGUCCUCAGAUGGCGUUAGUGCAUAUGUAAAUAGUCAUUCAAACUACAAAACAGUAAAGAGAAUAAGGCGACAACUCAGUGCCUCCGAUGGCCUGCGCUCUGUUCUGGCAUGGCGAGAUCUGAAUGUUUAUGUAAAAGCCAAUGAGAAAGACAUUCUAGGAAGAACUGUAGGAAAGGCUACCAAGCAAAUACUUUACAAUGUUAGUGGGGUUAUACAGCCAGGCUGCCUUCUUGCUGUCAUGGGACCAAGUGGAUGUGGAAAGACAACACUACUAAAUGCACUGACAUGCCGUGAUAGGCAGUUGGUGUUAGAUGGUGACGUGACGAUCAAUGGCUGCAACAUUGGUGCUGCGGUCGCCGUUAUGUCUGGAUAUGUGCAGCAGGACGAUCUUUUUAUUACGAGACUAACUGUCAAAGAAACCCUCAUCUUUCACGCAAUGUUAAAGAUGAAAACGACUUUAUUACGCACAGAGAAAUUACAGCGAGUAGAGGAAGUGCUUUUAGAGCUCGUCUUAACAGUUCAGCGAUACAUAUGUUGGAACCAAGAUCUACAUGCAGGUUACAUAUCUAUUACAUGGUUUUCCUUCCAGAUUCUUAACAAUCCGCCCAUUCUAUUUUGUGAUGAGCCUACAUCGGGCCUGGACUCUUACAUGGCAGAAAACAUAGUCAGUGUGUUGGGGAGACUAGCAGCAACAAACAGAACAAUCAUGUGCACAAUUCACCAACCUUCAUCUCAAGUCUUUCAGAUGUUUGAUAGUGUUCUCUUCAUAACAGAAGGUAGGACAGCAUUUCUUGGUUCAAGGAAGGAGGCAUUGUCAUUUUUCCAUAGCCAAGGUUACCCAUGUCCGUCAGAUUAUAAUCCAGCCGAUUUCUUCAUUCAUAACCUGUCAAUUCGUCCAGGCAAAGAGGAUGGCUGCAAAGAAAGCACCAGAUAUAUCUGCAAUGCAUUCGAGGCAAGUGAACUCAACGAGAGGAUUAUGAAUCAGAUUUCCAAUGCAGAGUUCCGAGGAGAUAACUAUUCUAUGGCAGAGGUACAAGAUGAAUUCCUGGCCAAGAGCCGAAGGUAUAAGGCAGGGUGGUGUAGACAACUCUCAUUGCUACUGUGGAGGUCUUGCAGCACACAUUUACGGAACAAAUACCGCUGGAUAAUCAACAUAUGCCAAAGAAUAAUGGUGGCUAUUGUACUUGGCUUGCUGUAUCUACAAAUAGCAAGCACUAUCAACCAGACAUCUCUGAGUGGAAUCACUGGCUUACUAUUCUUGAUCGUUGUAGAGACUUGUUUCUCGAGCAUGUGGGGUUUAAUGCUGUCUAUUCCAGUGGAGACACCUAUAUUCUUCCGAGAAUACAAAAACGGCAUGUAUGGUGCUGCCCCAUACUUCAUCUCCAAGGUUGCAUCUAAUGCAAUCACACUCAUAGUAGAACCACUUACCUUUGUGAGUAUCCUGUACUGGAUGUCUGGACUGUAUGCUUCCUGGGAUGCCUACUUUACAGCCCUGGGUGUCUGCGUCCUCGCAUCAUUUGUCUCGGGCAUGUUUGGUUUCCUGUUUUCUGCAAUAUCAUCAAAUAUAACGGCUUUGACAACAAUGAUGGGCCUUGUAAACGUCACCCUGCUUUUGUUCUCUGGACUUUUCGUGCAGAUGACAACAUUUCCAAAAGCUGUGAGCUGGGUGCAAGAGGUUUCUUGGUUUCGUUUGGCUAGUGAAGCUCUCCUUAUAAACCAGUGGACCCGAAUCGACUACAUUGAAUGUGAAUACGAGUCUCUACCAUGUAAGCAAAACGGUUUGGAUGUCCUCGAGCAAUACAGCUUCAAGCCGACUCAGAGUUCUGAUGCUCUGAAAAGUAUCGGGAUCACUUAUCCGCCAUGA